AUGAUUGCUCAUAGUGUUGUCAAAGAGCUAGGACUAAAAAUUGAACAUGCCUCUACUAGUCUUAUUGUAUCUGCUAUUAGAACCUCUAUACAACUACGUGGAAUUCUUAGAGACCUUCCUAUAGAGAUUGAAGAUGCUUGCAUACCCAUUACAGUUAAA